UCAUACCGUCGUGAGCUCGUGGCGCGUCUGCGCGCUGAGGCCGGUCCUCAAUCCUGAAUAACGCGUCUAUUGGUUGACGCCUUCCGCCAGACACCUGGUGUUGGGGAGCAAGCAAAGCCCGUACCGCGGGACCGGAGCUGGGCAGGUCGAGGCAGCCCACCAUGUUCUCUCAGAAGAAACCCUACACGGCAGUCACCGUGACUAUCGAGAGACUGACGAGUGAGGCAAUACCUGUGGACGAUCUCAGCGGUAUUCCCGAUCUCGUCGAGGUCGUCAACCUCCAAGACUCGGGCCCCACCGAGGCUGCCCGUGCCAUCCGGAAGAAGCUGAAGUACGGCAACUUGCACCGUCAGCUCCGCGCCUUGACUCUCCUCGAUGGCCUCAUUCAGAAUGCCGGCCCUCGCUUCCAGAGGACCUUCGCUGAUGAGGCCCUCCUCGAGCGUCUCCGUUUCUGCGGCACGGCUAGUCUCUCGGAUCCCGAGGUUAAGAAGAAGUGCUCGGAACUCUUCCUCAGCUGGGCGAACGAGUACAAAAACACUCGCGGCAUGGAACAGGUUGCCCGGCUCUACCAGGAACUUCCGCGGCGCAAACAUGUCGUAACGCAGGAAAGGUCCAGGGUUAUCCAGGAGACUGCGAACCCCUUUGUCGACGAGGACGAGGACGACGACAGACCUGAACCGGCCCAAGCAUCGACGGCCUACACGCCGGUGUGGAACCAGACUAACCCUCCGGUGGUGCAGUCCUUCUCCGCGUCCCCACGGGACGCCAAGGCGGGCAAAACGAAGGACAAGAAGAGCAAGAAGGGCAAAAAAGCGAGAGUGUUCAACCUAGAAGCCGAACAGGAGCAAAUGAAGGUCGACAUCGCCGAGGCGGCCAUGGCGGCCACCAACCUCAUGAACACGCUGCAGACCAUCAACCGAGAGCGGGAGCGCAUCUCGGAGAACCAGCUUGCGCUGCAGAGAUUCGAGACGUGCAAGCAGCUCCGUCGAAAAAUCCUGCGCUACAUCCACCACGUCGACUCCGAGCAAUGGCUCGGCAGCCUGCUACACGCCAACGACGAACUCGUCACGGCGCUGAUGACCUUUGAGCAGCUGGACCGCUCCAUCGACGCCGACAGCGACUCGGACGACGAGCUCGCCGCGCAGGCCCAUCUCUACCGCAUGGUCACCGAAAAAGCCAAAGGAAAAGAACCCAGCUCGCCGACCUCCACCACCAGCCCGCAAGGACUCGCGGGCGGCAUGGCCUCGCUCUCCCUCGGCUCGCCGCAGUCUGCCUCGUCGUCGUCGCGCCCCGCGCCGCCGCCCCGGCCCUCGGCCGCCACCAAGCCCGCCAUGCUGUCGCCGCGGCGGGGCCCACCCCCCGCGGAGGAGGAAGAAGAGGAUGGGGACGCUGGAGAGGACGAGGACGAGGCGAACCCGUUUGCGGACCGGAAUGCCGUCGCUGUGUCCAGGGGCGAGUAGGGGCGUCCGCUGGAUGGGAAAGGGGGGGGUGGUGGUGAUACGGGUGAAGACCGGUCUGGCGGGGAUG